GCCACGAAAAAGUUCAGUUUCAGUUUCGUUGUUGUUUGGUUUGGUUAGUUUUUAGUUGGCUAGUUGGAUCAAGACAACGCAUACUCCUACAUCGAUCGGAUCAAUACCCCCCUUACGAUAGUCCCCCAGCCCCAGUCCCCCCUAUCAGAUGCAAGCGAAUUGCAAUUGCAAUCCAACAUGUUUGAGUGAAAGACUCUAAGAAAGUGCGCGCCGAAAAGUGCAUUAAAUAGCCGUUACUUGUGGUUACCGCAAAGAACCGUUUUACCAAUUUUGAAAUGCCAAUGCCGCUAGACAAAAGCAUCAAGGAGAAGAGGAACACUGCAUCAACAGUGGCAGGAGCCGCCAUUACAAGAUAAAUUGGGGAACCAUUUAAAAGCGUAAAGCCCGUACACACACACAAACACACACAGAUAAAAACAGAUAAAGAUAAAGAGAGCAAAUAAGAAGAGAUCUCAGCGUAACGCCUACGGCAGCAAAAACGGGUGGGUGGCAGGAGGAAGGAGGAGCAACGAAAAAGCUGCUGACUACAACAAAAAUUCUCAAAUGGAGACGAAGAACCCACCCCCAGUGACGACUAGCAACUAUCACCACCAGCGGGCGCCGCGCACACCGGAAAGCUACUUCAAUGUGCCAGAGUCGGUGGCACUGCUGAAUAUUGUGAAGUCGGAGCGGAUACAGAGCGCGUUCCAGUCGAACCGGAAGAACCAUGCCAGCGUGUGGGAGAUGGUGGCCGAGGUGCUGAACCGGUUCAGUGCCCGCAAGCGGACGGCCAAGCAGUGCUGCAACCGGUACGAGAACCUCAAGAAGAUCUACACGCAGCUGAAGAAGAAUCCGGAGCGCCACGUGCGUCGCAACUGGCCGUACAUGUUCCUGUUCAAGGAGAUCGAGGAGCAGCGCGGCGAGUGCUGGGGCUCCAACGGCAAGCGCCUGGCGCUCAUCUCCAAGAAUCACAACGAGCUAUCGUACUAUCAGCGCCGACGGCAGGCAGCCGAGCUCGGCGUCCUGCUGAACAAGGACAAUCUGACGCCCCACCAGCACAGCCUGCUGCAGAGCCUCAGCCAGAGCCAUGCACACUCCACGGACUCGUCGCAGAGUGGGGCCAGCAAGCUGGAGCGCUUCCUGCCCAACCACUUUGUUGAGACGCAGCUGAGCGAGGUGCCCUGCUCCAACGGCAACGGGCUGACGGUGGGCAUGCCUGCCGGCGUCUACGACGACAACCCCAAUCCCCUUCAGCUGCAUGUGGCUGGGGCUGUGGCGGCCGCCGCUGCUGCCGCUGCCGUGGCCGCCCAGAAGCGGAGCCAUGAACUGCACCUGAGCAAUGGCGGCUGUGUCCAGCUUCCGCCGGACGAGGACGAGGACGACGAGCCACAGAAUGCUGCAUUUAAGGAUCAUCAUCAUGGACACGUCCAUGGUCUGGGGCAUGGUCUUGGCCUGGGCCAUGGUCUGGGUCAUGGUCAUAGCCAUGGCCACAUGGAUGACACAGCCGAAGCGCCCGACUACGAGAAGGACUGCAAUGGAGCCCUCAACUUGCACCAUCAGACCAAUAACAACAACGACAACAACAUAUCCAUGAAAUCGGAGCCACUUUCGGAGGGGGAGUUCAAUCCGGAUGACAUUCAGCUGAUGCAGACCAACUACAAUGGGACACAGAACUAUUACUCGCCGGGCAUGGACCAGAACAUCCUGCAUCCGGAUGUGAUCGUGGACACGGACAAUCUGUCCGACUGCAGCUCCUCCACCUCGUUGAAGAAGAGCAAGCGCAAGCUGUCCACCUCCACCGAUGGCGACAGCACCAACUACGAGCUGAUCGAGUAUUUGAAGCGGCGCGAGAAGCGCGACGAAGAACUCCUCAAGCGGAUGGAUGCACGCGAGGAGCGCUUCAUGAAUCUUCUGGAGCGGACGGUGAUUGCCAUUGAGACGCUGGCUGCGGGCAGGACGUCAGUCCCGGUGUUGGUGGCAGACACAGGCACCCAGCUGGGUACCAAAAGUCAGUCAAUAGCUCCUUCUCCCUCAGCACAGACACCACCAGCAACAGCAGCGGCAGCAGCAACAGCAGCAGCAACAAUAGCAGCAACAGGUUCACCGCUUCCGUCAACAUCCUCCAAUCAUCUGAUAGCCAAGCCCUCCGAGCAGUCCAUCCCCGUAUUGUCAGUCAAAACGUCACCCAGCCCCCGCAGUCGCAGUCCGACAUUGGAGCGGGAGGAACCAAGCAGCGCUGUUGUUGUGGUCCCCGAUGAACCGGAAGUCGAUGCUCAGGCCGAGGCACUGGCAGCGUGUGCUGCAUCUGCGGAUGCGUAGGAUAUAUAUAUAUAUAUUUGUACAUGUAUGAACGCUCUCUAGAUCUACUACUUAAUCCCCCACAAUAUCUACCAAACACCGCUCUUGAACCGGAUGGAGGAGACCCGGAUCGGAGAAAUUAGUACCAAAGACGAGCUACGUCUCGAAUUUUAAUUGAGAUUUGCAACGUUUACUUAGUGCCGCGGACGCAGCGCCAUCCCCGUUCCAUGACAGCCCAUGUGCUUAAGGAUUCCCCCGAACGGAGGAAGCCCCAAUUGGAAUAUUGCGAAUCGCAAUGUUUGUGCCAGAAAUACUAUAAUUUUAAAAUGUUUACUUAGUCUAAGUUUAAACCAGAGGAGCAGCAAGAGCGGGUGGAACUCCGCAGUAUCAUUUAGAGUAGAGUUGUUCCGGCACUGCAUCUUCGCUGCUCUUCUCCUGCUGCUGGGUCGGAUCGGCCGAUUUGCCAUGAUUUUUAGCAAUCGAAAAUUUCUAUGAUAAUCUAGUUGCGAGCUGAAAUGGGGCUCAAAUGCAUUUGUGCAGGAACUUAUAAACAUAAUAAUCUCUCUCACUCUCUAUCUCUAUUUUUUUUUGUAAUCUAGAUAAAUACACAAUUUUUCGUGAAAAAAAAAA